GCGCGUUGAAGCGGCGGUGGUGGUCAUGGCGGGUCUGGUGGAUUUUGAGGAUGAGGAGCAGGUGGCCUCUUUUCUUGAGAACAUGAAGGUGGAGUGUCACUACCAGUGCUACAAGGAGAAGGACCCGGACGGUUGCUUCAGGCUGGUAGAUUAUCUAGAAGGGAUCCAGAAGAACUUUGACGAGGCAGCCAAGGUACUGAAGUUCAAUUGUGAAGACUACCACCACAGUGACAGCUGCUACAAACUGGGAGCCUAUUAUGCAACAGGGAAAGGUGGAUUAACCCCAAACUGGAAAAAUGCCUAUGACUGUUUUUUAAAGGCUUGUGAGAAACCCGGGAAGAAGUCGAUAAAUGCUUGUCACAACGUUGGACUGCUGACCCAAGACGGACGCAUCAGUGACGAUAAGCCUGACCUGGUGCGAGCCCGAGACUACUAUAGAAGGGCUUGUGAUGGCAACUAUGCUCCUAGCUGCUUCAAUCUCAGUGCCAUGUACCUCCAGGGAUCCCCAGGCGUCCCCAAGGACAUGGGCCUGGCUUUGAAAUACUCUCUGAAAGCCUGCGAACUGGGUCACAUCUGGGCCUGUGCGAAUGCCAGCCGCAUGUAUAAACUGGGAGAUGGGGUCGCCAAGGACGACGCUAAGGCCGAGGCCCUCAAGAGCAGGGCCCAGCAGCUCCACAGGGAGCAGCAGAAAAGCAUCCAGCCCAUGGAGUUUGGGGUGUGAGGUGAUCAGACUCCCUCCUUCCUCCUUUGGAAACGUGUGGACUCGUUCACACGGGGACACCUUUGGCCAUGAAAUGUGGGGGCAGGAAAAGCCUACAGUCGUCAGUUGCUGGUUACUUGUACCAGGUGCUGUAGACUGUGUUGCCUGCGAGAUAUUUAUUUUCUUUAAAAUAUCUAAAUCGAUACAUAAUCAUGGGGGCUGGGUUCUAACCAGCUCCCCAAAAGUGGAGGGACUGGAGAGCCACAGAGAGGUGGGAGGUAGAGACAGAAGUAACCAAAGGGGCCCAGGGAGUGAGUGAGUGAGUGUGUGUGUGUGUGUGUGUCUGUCUGUGUGUCUGUCUGUCUGUCUCUGUCCGUCUGUCUGUAUGUAUCCUUCCGAGUCCACUUGUGUGCCUGGGUUUGUAUAGUUUCAUUUGAGGAAAAUUUUUUUGUGUGUGAACUUGAAAAUCAUAAGGUGCUCACCAUUCCCUAAGAAUGAACCUUCUUUGUGCCCAUCCAUCUUAUGAUGUCUGUCGAUCAUUGCAGCUGUAAUCAUUUUCACCUCUGAGAAUGAUUUUUAUGGAAAAUAUGAAUGAUCAGAAGGAAUAUGCAGUCUAAAGAGUUCCCUAUCAUUGCCAUGCAGGUUUGAGAAUAAGCCCAAAAGAUGUCCUGGCCCACACGUCCCUGGAGAGAUCACACUGACUGACAUGAAGUGAACCUGAUGUUCCAUAUUGCCCAUUUGCCUUAAAUGUCCACAUCCUGGAUUGUUGGGUGUGUAGAGAAAUCCAUGAAAUGUUCCAAAGCAAAAGAUCUGUAAUGUUUGAACUGAGCCUUUGAAAUUGCCUUUUGAAUAAAUUAAUUUAAUAUAUUUUUGAUUUAUUAUUUAAAACUAGAUUGUAGGUGGGAGUUAAGGGGAGACGCAUUUUUAAACGACUUUUAAAAGCAUUUCUUCUGUUUUUCUAGUAAGCCCUUGGUUUAGCACUAGGGGGCAGUGGAGCACAGUGGUUACAGAAGAUUUCUGUUCCCACCUGCCUUGCAGUUGCCAUACAUGGAGGGGAGCUCUCUCUGAUUGUCUAAAAGUUCAUAUGGCAAAUUGAACCAUUUGCAUAUUACCAGUCAGCAGGUUCUGUCCCAAGAGCAGAGAGAAGCUUAAGUCGUUGCAUUCAAAACAGUGAAAUGUGUGUUAAAAACUUUUGUAUUAUGAAAGUUAAUUCAGAAGGCAAAUUAAUAAAAAAAUCUCACUUUUUCUUUUUAA